AGAGGAACACUCUGCGUGGAUAGAUCAUGAUAUAACCGAUAAGAUCCGUGGGCCUCUUCCUCAGGUAGGCAGCCGGGCUCAGUGGGAAAGAACUGACGGUGGGAUUUAACCCACAGCCCACACAGCGUCGGCCAGCACCGCUGCAUGCGUGCGUGUGUGCGCGCGUGCGUGUGCGCGCGUGUGAGAAAAUGCCGCCGUGUGGAAUGGCAGCGCGCGCGGAGGAGCCACGGCUCCGGCACUGAUGGACACGUUACGGACACGGUUCAUUUCAUAUCGACACGAGGAGGCCACUCAGACGAAACGCGAGCGGAAAUCGGUUUAAAUCUGCAUUCUGUCUCAGGAUCAUUCAGCGCCGAGGAAAGGAAGAAUCAUCCACCAUGGGGGAGCAGCCUAUCUACAGCACACGGGCGCAUGUCUUCCAGAUCGACCCCAAUACCAAGAAGAACUGGAUGCCCACCAGCAAGCAUGCCGUCACUGUCUCCUACUUCUAUGACAGCACCAGGAAUGUGUACCGGAUCAUCAGCCUGGACGGGUCAAAGGCUAUAAUAAACAGCACCAUCACCCCAAACAUGAGCUUCACGAAGACGUCGCAGAAGUUUGGGCAGUGGGCUGAUAGCCGCGCCAACACGGUGUACGGCUUGGGGUUCUCCUCAGAGCAUCAUCUGUCGAAGUUUGCCGACAAGUUUGCGGAGUAUAAAGAAGCGGCCCGCUUAGCCAAGGAGAAGUCUCUGGAGAAGAAGGAGCUGGCGAGCUCUCCCUCUCAGGAAUCGCCUGCUGACAUCCACUCGCCUCUGACCCCUCCCGCCUCCGCUGACCUCUGCCGCAUCAACGGCACCGGCGAUGACGCCACCUUGUCAGAUACAUCGCCAAAUUCCGAGCUCCAAUCAGAUCUAUCGCCAACCACCCCGACACUUGCGCACAGUCCGACUACCACCAAGCACUGGGAGGCAGAAUUGGCAGCACUGAAGAGUAACAAUGCCAAACUAACAGCGGCACUGCUGGAGUCCACCGCCAACGUCAAGCAGUGGAAACAACAGCUGGCUGCUUAUCAGGAGGAGGCUGAAAGGCUUCAUAAAAGGGUGUCAGAACUCGAGAGCCAAAGUAGUCAAGCCAAUGCGAUCAAGUGUCAGAAAACAGAGCUCAACAAAACCAUAGAGGAGUUGGAGGCCACACUGAAGACUAAAGAAGAGGAAAUGGACCGCCUGAAAGAGGAAGUUGAAAAGGCAAAGCAGCUACAGUCACAGAAGGAGACGCUGGAACAGAAACUAGAGGCCACAGAUGCAAGGAACAAGGACCUGGAGGAGCAGUUAGCUGAUGUGGAACAGCGCCUGGAGACGAGCCAGCUGGAGCAGGAGAAUUUCCGCAAGAGCCUCAAAACGCUGCUGGAGAUCCUGGACAGCAAGAUCUUUGAGCUGACAGAGAUGAGGGACAACCUGGCCAAGCUCAUAGAGGACAGCUAGAACAUGUUACGUUCGCUUCUUCCUCAGAAAAAAAAAACCCCAUGAAGACAUUGCGAGGUACACGGUGACAAGAACGAAAUGCACAGCUCUUCUACCCAGACCUCGUCAUGUACCUUCACACUUUUAAAGCCUUCUUGACUGGAGAACUCAUAUUAUUAUAUACUCACUUAUACGGUAAUGAUAAUCAUUCAGUUGCACUUGAAUUUGUACUUUUUAGGUGAACAAGAUUUCUUCAGUGCCACUGGUACCUACUAGGAAAUAAUAAUCCAUAUAUUGCUCCCGUUCUUUUUUUAUUAUUUAAAAACUAUUAUUAUUAUUAUUAUUAAUAUUAUUAUUAUUAUUAUUAGAAUUGUUUUCCUUAAUUGUACGCAGGUAGUGUAGAGAAAGUAGGCAGCCUACAAAGAUGAACGUUGCUGCACAUAGGCUCUUCCUUUUUAAGGUGCUGGUUUAGCGUGCCUGGUUACUUGCGAUUAAAGGACAUCUACUAUGCUGCUGAGGACACUCGAAUCAAUCACACCCACCAGAUCGUCCGUUCCGAGCCAUAUGUUGUAGCCAGACCGUGUCGGCUUGCCUCGUCACCUUCAAGGAAACUGCCUCAAUGUUCAGUCAGAGCUUCAGGAUAUUCUACCAUCGACUUCCUGACAAGAACAAAAACACCCUGGGAUGUCCGAACAUUUAGAUACAGGUGUGGUGUAUUGGCCUGUAAUGUACAAUGAGCAAUAUUCUAAAACAGUCUUCAUGUCACCUCAGUGUAUUUAUCAGGUAUUCCAACUCUGGACUAAUCUGUGGACUAAUGUGGUUUAGUAGAUGUACCCCUGAUAGUUUUCCUCAGAUCAGUUAUAGUGCUUUCAGAUUGUUUUGGCCUAAGAGUAUAAAUUCUGCAGUGAAGAGCAGAUUUGAUGGGAAAUAAACUCUGUUUUUUUUUUUUUUUUUUUUGCAUUACGAAAUGCAAUGUUCAGCUUACAGUUUAAAAUCAUGUGUUACUCUGAAAUGUAUAUGCUGAUGGAUAAAUUAUAUAGAGCACUGUCAAUAUGAUUGUAUUUAUAGACUGGAAAGUUCAAUUUUAAAAUUCCCAAUAUUAAUAAAAUAUUUAAAAAUAUCCACAAAAUGAUGUUUAAGAAAA